UAUAGAUAAAACGAAAAUUGACAAGACUGUGAACUUUCACUAUGGAAGAAAACAGAACAAGAGGUGUUUUUUUCGAUGGAAUGAAGCUUCCCGAAAUGAAGCCGUUGAAAGAAAACGUCGAAGGCCGAUUACACGCAAUUAAAAACUUGGAAGGCCGUCCCCAUGACGUAUUAAUUGCAGCUUUCCCUCGAUCAGGUACACAUUGGGUGUGGGAAAUUACAGUUAUGCUUUUGAAACAGCAAGAUGAAUACACAGAAAAGACGAAAGAAACAGCAUUUCUCGAAUUCGUAGACAAUUUAAUCGAGGUUGAAAAGAUGCCAUCACCGCGCAUUCUUAACACACACUUGCCGUUUAGAUGGCUUCCAAGUUCCCACAUAGAAAGCAAGAGGAAAAUGAUACAUGUAAUAAGAAAUCCAAAGGACAUGUUCGUGUCCUUUUUUCACUUUCAAAAGAACUUUGGAGUAGAACAUGACUGGAAUACGUUUUUUAACAAUUCGGUUAUUGGACAAGACAUGCCAUAUGGAGGCUGGCUUGAAUACGAGAAAGGCUUCAACAGAGACGAUGAAAAUAUUCACGUCAUUUAUUACGAGGAUUUAAAAUUAAAAGCAGUAGAAGAAAUUCGCUUGUUGGCGAACUUCUUGGAAGUUAAAUGCACAGAUACUCUGAUAGAAAAUAUUGCUCAGAAAUGUGGAUUCGAUAAUUUGAAAAAAGCUCAUUACACUGUCAAAAAAACAGAAUCUAAAGUGGGUCACUACAGAAAAGGCAAGUUUAUAGUCCUUUAUCAAAAGAAUGUUUAAAAUAUUUGUUUGAUC